ACCUGAUGAAGGAAUUUGCCAGGACCAGCAUGACUACAGCGGGGAUGGAUCUGCGUCUUCUGAGAGCGCACCAAACAACCAUCGCAAUUUUGCCAACUCUGAGCCCCACGGAAAAUGACACCAGUUGCGGGGAGCAGAUUCUUAUCCACGGGAAUGUGGAGAAGGUGCUUAUCGGAGGAGUUCUCACUGUGCUCACUUUGUUCACUAUUUGCGGGAACUUACUUGUGGUGAUAUCCGUGUGCUUUGUGAAGAAGCUGAAGCAGCCCUCCAAUUAUCUAAUUGUCUCCCUAGCCGUGGCGGACCUGUCCAUAGCAGUGGCGGUGAUGCCCUUUGUCAGCAUCACGGACCUCAUCGGGGGGCAGUGGAUCUUCGGACAGGUGUUCUGCAACAUUUUCAUUGCCAUGGACGUGAUGUGUUGCACUGCUUCGAUCAUGACCCUGUGUGUAAUAAGCAUAGACAGGUGAGUCAAGAUGCAGUCCCUAAUGAUAAACCAACAAAUCUUUAAAUUAUUGCAAAUGUUCUUGUUUUUUCCCAAAACCAUUAUCUAUGCAGGUUAGUCUAAUUUAUAAAAAAAAAUAUAUGUCAACAGCAAUUAACACCAAAGUACAUACUUGCUUAAAUUGUUUUAUUAUACCAUUGAUGAAUAAUUAAGAAUGUAUUAUCAUAUCUAUACCCAACCCUAUCAACCCUAUACCAGGGGUGGCCAACCCUCCUCCUCGAGAGUUACUGUGCAGGUUUUUACUCUAAUCCUGCUCUAACACACCUGCUUCUAAUGAGCUGCUCAUCAGGAUCUUGAUUAGCAGAAUCAGGUGCAUUAGAGCAGGGCUGUAGCAAAAGCCUGCACAGCAGCUCUCCAGGAAGACAGUUGGACACCCCUUGAUCUAUACGAUCCUGUGGGUGCUUUAUGUCAAUCACAUUACUUCCAUCAGCGACUUCACAAUAUUUUAAACUAAUCUCUUUGCUGUCACAGGUACCUAGGCAUAACUAAACCCUUGACCUACCCUGUACGACAGAGUGGGAGAUGCAUGGGCAAAAUAGUUAUCUCCGUGUGGCUGCUGUCUGCUUCCAUCACCCUUCCCCCAUUGUUUGGCUGGGCCCAGAACGUCAACGAUGACAAGGUGUGUCUCAUCACCCAAGACGUGGGCUACACCAUCUACUCUACCGCCGUUGCGUUCUACAUCCCCAUGUCGGUAAUGUUGAUUAUGUACUACCGCAUCUACCGAGCGGCCAAGGUGAGUGCCGCCAAGCACACCAUCCAAGGCUUCCCCAAGGCGGAGGACGAGCGUAACAGUGUUGACAGCGUGGCUCCGGCCCUGAAGCUCCAGAAGGAGGUGGAGGAGUGCGCCCGUUUCUCUCAUCUACUGAAGAACGACAGGAAAAACAUCUCCAUCUUCAAGCGGGAGCAGAAGGCGGCUGCCACGCUGGGCAUCGUGGUGGGGGCCUUCUCUGUCUGCUGGCUGCCAUUCUUCCUGCUGUCCACGGCCAGGCCCUUCAUCUGUGGGGUAGAGUGUAGCUGCGUUCCCCUCUGGGUGGAGAGGUUUCUCCUCUGGCUGGGCUACGCCAACUCCCUCAUAAACCCAUUCAUCUACGCCUUCUUCAACAGGGACCUGAGGACCACCUACCGUAACAUCUUGCUCUGCAGGUACAGGAACAUUAACCGCAAACUCUCCGCCGCCAGCAUGCACGAGGCCCUCAAACUGGCUGAGAGACCAGAGCUGGAGAUCCAGAACAGUGUUUCU